GUGCAGCAGUGCGUGAAAGAAAAAUAGAAAAUGGCAGCGUCCAGGGGAAGUCCGGUAAUUGACAAAGCCAAGAAAUAUGAUCGUCAGCUGAGACUUUGGGGUGACCAUGGCCAGGCAGCAUUAGAAUCUGCUCACGUCUGUCUGAUCAACGCUACAGCUACUGGAACAGAGACCCUGAAGAAUCUCAUCUUACCUGGGAUCGGUUCUUUCACCAUUGUGGACGGUGGAAAGGUCAAAGGUGAAGAUGUCGGCAACAAUUUUUUCAUGACAAAGGACAGCAUUGGUCAGGCGAGAGCUCAGGUAGCUACAGAGUUGCUUCAAGAAUUGAAUAGUGAUGUCAGAGGAGACUUUGUGGAAGAGUCUGUGGAGCAACUUCUGGAAAAUAACCCUAGUUUCUUUGAUAACUUCAAUGUUGUCAUAGCAACGGACCUACCAGAGAGAACACUACUGGACCUAGCUGCUGUUUUGUGGAGGAAUAGUAUUCCUCUGUUGGUGUGCCGUUGCUAUGGUUUCCUAGGAUACAUGAGACUGGCUAUCAAGGAGCAUACAGUUAUUGAAUCCCACCCAGACAACGCCCACGAUGACCUGAGGCUUGACCGUCCAUUCCCUAGUUUCGUAGAGUUUGCCAAGUUAUUUGAUCUCAGUGCUAUGACAAAACAGGACCACAUGCAUACUCCUUACCUCAUCCUGCUACACAAGUACUUGGAGGAGUGGAGGAAAGAGCAUGAUGGUGAGAUGCCCAAGAACUACAAAGAGAAAACAGCCUUCAAGGAUAUCAUCAGGCAAGGUAUUCUAAAGAAUGAACAUGGUGUUCCUGAGAUGGAGGAGAACUUUGAUGAAGCCAUCAAGGCUGUCAAUGUUUCCCUGACCAAGACCAGGAUCCCAAGCCAGGUCCAGGAUAUCCUAAAUGAUCCAGCCUGCACAGGUCUAACUUCAGAGAGUUCCAAUUACUGGAUCCUGGCCCAGGCGGUCAAGCAGUUUACUGAGAAUGAAGGAAACGGAGCCCUCCCUCUACGAGGGUCGAUCCCAGACAUGACGGCUGACUCCAAGAGAUAUAUACAGCUCCAGAAUGUAUAUUUAGAGCAAUCAAGACAUGAUGUGUCAGCAGUAUCCGUACGCGUACAACAAAUAUUGGCUUCUCUGGGGAGGUCUCCAGACAGUAUACAGGACUCUGAGAUCCGUCUUUUCUGCAAGAAUGCCUCCUUCCUCCGGUUGGUGAGAUGCAGAGCAUUAGCAGAGGAGCACAUACCAGAGAAGGCUAAUGUAGCUGAUAUAGCCAUGAAUCUAGAGAACCCGGACAGUGAGAUGUGUCUGCAUGUGGCGUUGAGGGCGGUAGAUAAGUUCUUUAACCAGUACAACCAAUACCCAGGAUGGUGUGACAAUCAGAUAGAAGAGGACUUUGGAAGAUUAAAGGCUUGUGCAAACAGUUUACUACAGGAGUGGAACAUCAGUGCCACCAUCAAGGAAGACUACUUCAGGGAAAUUUGUCGGUAUGGUGCAGCUGAGCUCCACUCGGUGGCCGCAUUCAUUGGGGGCGUGGCAGCUCAAGAGGUCAUCAAGGUCGUGACCCGUCAGUUUGUGCCUUUCAACAACACUUACAUCUACAAUGCAGUCAACGGAGGUUCAGCUACUUAUCAGAUGUGAUGAUAGCUGUUGAUGAUGGAAUAUGAACUGUUGAGGCUCACUGUCAGACAGAGAUGCCAGUUUUUGGGCCCUAAUGAUUUAUUUUCAGGCCAUAGUUGAGGCUUUUUUGUGUUCAAAAUAGCUCAUUCUAGGUGAUUUUCAGGCCCUCUGAUCGAUUCUAAAUGGCAUCCCUGUGUCAGAGCUAUUUGCAUGUUGUUUCUGAACUACAACCUAGUUACCACCUGGAUUUACAAAUUUAGAAGUGACUUGCUUUGUGCUUGGUACCAGAUUGAUCAUCUGUAAAGGCGCGUUUACGGGGUAAACCAUCGCACAAAAACUGUGACGUUUUUUUUUAAGGUGUCAAUGAAUGGUAGCGAUGUGCAACAAAGGUCCGGCUU